AUGGCUCAAGUUACCAGAAUUGUCAGUGGUGGUGUCCAGAACAGCCCUCUCUUGCCCAAUCUCUCCAAGCCUCACAAACCCACUCCUCCAUUCACUACUCCCUUCUUGAGAUCAGGGCCUAAUGUUUCUUCUUUUUCUUUGAAGCAUGAGAGGGCAGUUAGCAAUUCGAUUGUUUCUGUUAGGGCCCCGUUUAGGGUUUCGGCCUCUGUCGCCACUAAGGAGAAGCCGUCGACGGCGCCGGAGAUUGUCCUGCAACCCAUUAAAGAGAUCUCCGGCACCAUCACGUUGCCGGGUUCCAAGUCCCUUUCCAAUCGGAUUCUGCUUCUAGCUGCUCUCUCUGAGGGAACUACUGUUGUGGACAAUUUGUUAAAUAGUGAAGAUGUCCAUUACAUGCUCGGAGCACUGAGGACCCUUGGGCUACAUGUGGAAGAGCAAAGUGAAAAUAAAAGAGUUAUUGUGCAAGGUUGUGGGGGCCAAUUUCCAGCGGGAAAUGGAUCAGUAGGUGAAGUCCAACUUUUCCUAGGAAAUGCUGGAACAGCAAUGCGUCCAUUGACAGCUGCAGUUACAGCUGCUGGUGGAAAUGCAAGCUAUGUACUUGAUGGGGUGCCGCGCAUGAGAGAAAGACCAAUUGGGGAUCUAGUCACAGGUCUUAAGCAGCUCGGUGCAGACGUUAACUGCUUUCUCGGAACAAACUGCCCUCCUGUUCGUGUUAAUGGGAAUGGAGGCCUUCCAGGAGGAAAGGUGAAGCUCUCUGGAUCAAUUAGUAGUCAAUACUUGACUGCUUUGCUUAUGGCAGCUCCCUUGGCUCUAGGAGAUGUGGAGAUUGAGAUUAUUGAUAAACUUAUUUCCAUUCCUUAUGUUGAAAUGACCUUGAAAUUGAUGGAACGUUUUGGGGUUAGUGUAGAGCACAGUAAUACAUGGGACCGAUUCUUGAUCCGAGGAGGUCAAAAAUACAAGUCUCCUGGAAAUGCUUUUGUUGAGGGUGAUGCUUCUAGUGCUAGUUACUUCCUAGCCGGUGCAGCUGUAACUGGUGGGACUGUCACAGUUGAAGGCUGUGGGACAAGCAGCCUACAGGGGGAUGUAAAAUUUGCUGAGGUUCUUGAGCAAAUGGGUGCAAAAGUUUCCUGGAUGGAGAACAGUGUCACAGUCACAGGCCCACCCCGAGAUUCUUCUGGAAGGAAACACUUACGUGCCAUUGACGUCAACAUGAACAAGAUGCCAGAUGUUGCCAUGACUCUUGCUGUAGUUGCCCUUUAUGCUGAUGGGCCGACUGCCAUAAGAGAUGUGGCUAGUUGGAGAGUGAAGGAGACCGAAAGGAUGAUUGCCAUUUGCACAGAACUCAGGAAGCUGGGAGCAACAGUUGAAGAAGGGCCUGAUUACUGUGUGAUCACUCCACCAGAAAAACUAAACGUGACAUCAAUAGACACAUACGACGAUCACAGGAUGGCCAUGGCAUUUUCUCUUGCUGCCUGUGCAGAUGUUCCAGUAACCAUCAAGGAUCCUGGUUGCACCCGGAAAACCUUCCCUGACUACUUCGAAGUCCUCCAGCGUUUUACCAAACAUUGA